UGUCAGACAAGCCAGUUUGGUCAUCAACUUUCCUGACGAGCCCCAACAGCUGCGACUUGAGCCUGGCCUCUCAGCAUAAAUACUAGGACAGUGCCAUUUAGCCUCUUUUAUCCAUGCACAAGUUCUGCACUGAGCCUUUAAGAAUCAAGAACUGGACCAGGUCUCUGUUCUAUACUGUCCAUAUAUUCAGUGAUUUCUUCACUGAAAGAAUUGCUCUCGUGUCAUUUUUCGUUUUAUCUGUUGAUUAGCAUUGGAUACAGGACAAAAUGAAGAAGGAAACCAAGACAAAAAUCUUGUUUUUUAUAAUAUUAGUUGGCUCAGUGUCCAUGUUAACAGCAGUGGUGACAGACCACUGGGCUGUGUUGAGUCCUCGAGUGGAGAACGUAAACACAACAUGUGAGGCAGCCCACUUUGGCCUUUGGAGACUUUGUAAGAAAUUCAUCUAUAUUGAGGAUGCGGAACUUGUUGGUAAAGGCUGUGGACCUAUCAGCUUACCAGGGGAAAUCAACUGCUCUUACUUCAGACACUUCACACCCGGGGAAGAUUCUGAAAUCUUUGAAGUUAAAACUCAGAGAGAAUACAACAUCUCAGCAGCUGCCAUAGCCAUCUUCAGUCUUGCCUUCAUGAUUCUGGGCACAUUGUGUGUGUUGGGUUCCCUCAGAAAGGGAAAGGACUAUCUGUACAAGCCUGCUGGCAUGUUCUUUGCUUUUGCAGGUCUGUGUGCUAUCAUCUCAGUAGAGGUAAUGCGGCAGUCAGUCAAGAGGAUGAUAGAAAGUGAGUUUACUAUCUGGAUCGAGUAUUACUAUUCCUGGUCUUUUGCCUGUGCGUGCACGGGUUUUGUCCUGCUCCUCCUCAGUGGAAUUGGUCUGCUGCUCGUCUCCAUGCCACAGAUGCCUAGAAAUCCAUGGGAAACCUGCAUGGAUGCUGAGCCUGAACAGAUAUAGAGCAAUGACACCAGAUGUCAGCAGGACACUGGGAUGGUUUAAAAUGGAGAAGGGUUGCAGAACAAUUGUGAUUGCAAGGACUGAGGUGUUUAUUAACACCUGACUAACAUAUUUGAAGGAUUAUGUAUUUGGAAAGUUCAUCUGCACUAAUCUGCAGAUAGUGAGUAUUAAGAAAAUAAGAAUCAAUUUUCAGGAUUUUUUCAAGAUUUUGCUCCAGAAUGCAUUAUUCAUGUCCUGUAAAUGGAUUUAGUUGUUUUUUUUUUUUGUUUUGUUUUUUAAAGAUGUGUGAAUGCUACUUUAGUUUUGUGUAAAUCUCAUUUUCAUAAUAACUUUAACAAUAAUUCUCUUUUGCCUUGGGCACAGUGAUGCUUUCAACUGCCCUGAGCAGAAUGUAAAUGUUUGGUCUGUUGCAUUUACUGAAUGGCUGGCCAGACAUUUUGGAAUAUUGUCAGAUCUUGCAGGUGCAAAUAAAAUGCCAUCAAUCUCACUACCACUAUUUACUCUGAGACUUUCCAAGUCUACAGCUUUCCGAAAUGUCCCACACUCUGUGUUUACAUGCUUAAAAUGGAUAGGUGUUUAAAUUAAUUUGUUUUUUAAAUUUCCCAUUUGCUCAAUAUUUUUGUUGAUUAUAAUUGUUUCUCUACUUUAAAAUUAGCAACAAUAGUUUUAAUACACUCAUUCUCAGCUGGUUUUCCUUCAGGACCCUUUCAGGAACUGUAGUAAUUUUGUGGUCUGCACAAAUUCUGUUUAUCUAUGUAUUAAGCUGUAACCUGUAGGUCAGAACAAACAUGCAACCUUGGGUGUUUAUCCACCAGUUGAGAACCACUGAUUUAAUAUACAGAAUAUAUAUAUAUAUAUAUAUAUAUAUAUAUAUAUAUAUAUAUAUAUAUAUAUAUAUAUAUAUAUAUAUAUAUAUGCUGAAAGAGAAAUAUAGAAAAUUGCCCUGUAUGAUUAAAAAAGAUCUUAACAUCAAAUUUGUUGUCUACAAAUUUAAAUUCAUGAGGCUUUGUGACAUUAAUUUAAAUUCAGAACAUUCUAAUUUGCUUAGUGGGCUUAAAAAGUCUUAUGCUUAGUUCAUACUUCCUCAGCAAACUCUUUUAUAAAGUUGGCAGCUGGAUUUAGAAUGUGGGGAUCACUGCCACUGUCACAGUCACAGUCACAUGGCUUAAACAAACACCAAUUUGGUGUCAGAGCCAUAGCCUUGUUGGCAGCUCUCCAACAUCUAGUGCAACAGCCGUUUGGGUAACCCAAGUUCAAGUCACUGAUUCCUGAUCAUGUUCCCCUCUCUCCUCUCCUAUCACUUUAUGUCAUAUCAGUAAUAAAGACAGACAAUAUAAUAAUAAUAAUAAUAAUAAUAAUAAUAAUAAUAAAGUAGUAGUAAUAGUAGUAGUAGUAGUUACAUUGUACAUACUCGAGUAUGUACUGAUUAAUAUUAACUUCAUUACUAUAGAUUUACGGUUGGGGUUAGGGUUUGGUUUAGGGUUAGUUACAUAUAAUUAUGCAUAAUUUACUGUUAUUACUAUAGAAAGUACAUGUAAUGUGUAACUAUGUCACCUUUAAAUAAAGUGUUACCUUUUUUUUUUUCCUGGUGGCAGUUGGUCAUUUACUGAGGCAAAUGCUUAAAAAUGUCAUGUUACAGUGAAUACUUUGUAUUUAUUUAUUUUUUUGAUGUUGUUUGCAUGCAGAACAAGAGGCCAUGUAUAUUUGGCUUGUGUUAUGCUGCCCAACAGAAUAUAUGUAUUUCUGAUGUUAUACCCCUAUGUCAUGUAUUUCUAAUAAAAAAAAAGAAAAGAAAAAAAAGAAAAGAAAAUAGGCUCACUCAUGUAUUCAUGCUAAA